AUGAACGUCCUCCACAGCUUUCUGAAGGUGACCUUCGGCCCAGUCACCGCCGCGGAGGAGGACCUGGCCAACUCACCUUUCGCGCCGACGGAGAAGAUGAAGGUUGUGUCGCGCCAACCCCUAACUUUCCGCCUCACCGUCACGUACGACAACGUGGCAAGGGAUGUGUCGAAGGAGCAGGCGGCAAAGACCUUUCUCUCCAUGGUCGGUGUCCACUCACUGGAGACAGCUUGGUCGCACCUGUUCGGCGCCGUGCAGGUGGUGCCGUUCCUCCUUUAUAAGAGUGACUCGUCGGCGGGGUCAGAGGGCGAAAAGCCGUCUUCUGUGCUGCAGACGAGCUCUCCACCGAUGUUACCCUUCACCUCGGAGGUGUGGAUCAACUGCACUGGCAGCGCGUUUGUCUGCGGGACACCGCAGUUUUGGUCGAGUCAUCGCUACACGUGGUCUUUGAGCGGCGCGACCCCGAGGAAGGACGUCUCAACGCCGUUGCACGAGUCGACCAUGACGGAGCUGUCCCUGUUGGCUACCUUGCCUCCGUCGAUGGCGGGGCACUCGCUGCCGACGGUCAUGGCAACUACAUCGCUGUCGUGUACGAACAAUAGCAACAGCGGCUGUACAAGCCGCCGCGCGAGUCCCGGCGACGGUGAUGCGCACUGGGACGCCAGCGCCGGCGUCCACUGCGAGGUGAUUGGGAACGUGUUGACAGUGGCGGCGGACGAAGGGUCGCCACGGCGGCUACCAGCGGAAGCGAGCGCUGCUGGCGAAGACGUGCCCGUUGACUUCACCGGCGCUGCACUCCCAGACUUGUUGGAAAGCAAGUACACGAUUGAGCUCGCGCUGCCCGACUUUGAGGCGGCGUCACUGCGCGGAGUCGACACUGCACUGGUAAUGGUGGUACUGCUGCCGUUGUGUGCGGCUGGGGGCGGUGGUGCGGUCGAGGCGGGAGACCCGCCGCUCAUUUUGAGCUCGGUGCUGGCGCGUAGUGUGGGCUCGAUGCAGGCAGCGUCGGCGUUGGUGUUUGGAAGUGGCGUGAUGCCGGUGCAGAUAAUGGAGCCGCUUGUGUGCGUGUCCUCAACGUCGCCACUGAGCAACGACCGUCUUGUGCUCAACUUGUCAGUGACAAACGUGACGGCCAGCGUGGCGCGUCUGCACAGCACCUCCUUCGACCUGCACUCGUCGUGUGUGCUGUGUGAUGCUGCUAUUACCGGUGGUGCCCUUGCUGGUGCGAAGCAGGGUGAGCCUCUCCUCACGGCGAGCUCGCUGUGGGGCGAGAUGCGGCCGGGUGCAAAUCUGUCAAGCAUGCGCAUCAUCGACCUUCUCACAAAGCUAGUGACGAUAACGCCGGUUGUGGUGGGUGAGGAGCGGCCGCCGGUGGUGCUGUACCCUGGCGAGACGUACACCUUCGAGUUUGUGAUUGAGGUGCUGCCGCAGCUGUGCUACCUGUUGAAUUCGCAGUCGCUUGAGUACCUAUACGAGCGCCACUAUGCAGUGCCACACGACGUGGUGGGUGAGCGAGGCAGUGACAGUUCGCCAAGCGGCAAGAGGGGCGAGGGCGGGUCUCGUAGCGGCGGCGGCAGCAGCGCGGCAGCCACGUUCAGCCGCGGAUCCAUUGUCACCGACUGCUACGGCCAGACGGUCCCUGCGGCGGAGAUACGUGGCAUUUUGUCGUACUCGUACCUGUCGCACCUGUUUGUGUACUACGACCUCGGUAUGGACGACACGGCGAGCAACGGCGGUUCAGCCAGGAAGCCGUCGCGGGUGUCCGGUUUGGCGCACAGCACUGAACUGUGUCUUCGCUACCCAGCACGGUGGUCUUUUGGCGCCUGA